UGCAUUUGGAACUUGCCUUUAGUUUUUCAGAAUCACGCAUGGCAUCAUCCCAAUCUUCAUCGUUCUCUAAUGAUUGUCCACUGGAAUCACCAAGUUGUUGGUGUGGCUUGAAAACACGACUAAAGACAUCGCACACUAAGUCUAAUCCUGGAAGGAGUUUUUUUGCCUGCCCAAAGUAUGAUAUGGGAGAUACGAGAUGUGGAUUUUUCAUUUGGACGGAUAUAUUUAAUUUGCUAGAUCAGAACUUACGUACGAGGGAGAAUAAAGUUUGGAAUAUGUGGGAUGAUGUACUUCUUCGCGAAUAUGAAGUUCAGAAAAGGGAAGAUCAAGUAAGAGAAAGAGAGAGGAUGCUUAAAAAGAACCAGCGAAUAUUAUUGUGGUUGUAUUGGGUUGUUGUAAUUGUAAUAGUUUUAGCUUGGUUCGGGUAACGCACACCGGAAAUG